AUGGAAAAUACUCCUUCAAUUCGUUUGACUCAAAACGAGUUUAUGGUCUUUGACCUUCUAAAACAAACUGUCUUACAUUUUAAAUUAUCUACAAUAAUUAGAGUUGUGGGUGGAUGGGUUAGAGACAAAUUAUUAGGGAAAGAAUCCCAUGACAUUGACAUUACAGUUGAUAAUAUGCAAUCUUAUCAAUUCUCACAAUAUCUUCAAAAAUAUAUAAAUGAACACACUCAACAUAAUGUCAGUGGAAUUGGAAUAAUCCAUAAAAACCAUUCUGCUGGAAAACAUCUUGAGACCGCAACACUACGAAUAGACAAUAUUGCUAUUGACAUCUGCUGUUUGAGAGCAGCUGAUUACUGUGACAAUGAUGAGGAAAAAAUAGGCACACCUUUAGAAGAUGCACAGAGAAGAGACUUUACUAUCAACGCAAUGUUUUAUAGGGUAAAUGAUGAUCAAAUAGAAGAUUUAACUGGAUGUGGUCUGAGUGAUCUAAAAAGUGGAGUCAUUAGAACACCAAUUUCACCAAAAGAAACAUUACACGAUGACCCAGCAAGAGCAUUAAGAGCAAUCCGGUUCAGUGGGAAAAUGGGAUUUGUGUUAGACGAAGAGCUAGAACAAGAAAUGAAAACAAAAUACAUUGGGGAUAAAAUGACAACUGGGCUGAGUCGAGAACGACUUGGACGUGAGUUAAUAGGAAUGAUACAAAGCGAUAGACCAGCUUAUUGUAUUGACCAAAUCAGACGAUUUGGCUAUUUUAAAGGGUUGUUUGGUGAAUUAGAUGAAAUUACUACUACAAAUGUGGUUAGAAGUUAUGAAAUGUAUGCACAAGAGUUUGGAGUAUUUGAACUAGGAAGAAGAGAAAUAGGAUUUCUUGCAGCACUGUUAUAUUCUGUUACUAGAGAAACAAAUCCGAAAAAGAGAAUGGCUAAAGUACAUUCUGUUAUUAUUGAUUCAUUAAAGUUGAGUGUAAAAGAGAGAAAUAACAUAAUUCUAGUUCACAACGGAGUUAAAGAAUUAGAGCAAUUAUCAAACAAAAAAGAAUGGACGAGAGUGGAAGUAGGAAGGAUAGUUGUUGCGUCGGCAGAGUGGUGGAAAGAAGCAAUUUGUUUGUGUUGUGCAAUCCAUGCACCUUGUGAUGGAGUAUUAGUGAGUCCAUGUGAUAAAGGAGUUAUGAACAAAGCUAUGGUACAAUGGUGUGGUUUAUUACUCAACAGAAUCGUUUUAGAGCAAUUGGAAAAUAUUUGGCAGAUGAAGCCACUAGUCAAUGGUGAAGAGUGUAGCAAAAUUUUACAAAAAAAAGGAGGUCCAUGGUUGAAAGAGAUCCUAAAAGAUAUGGUUGAACUUCAAAUAGAAAACCCAAUGAUAACAAAGGAUGAAGUCGUAGUUUUUGUGUUAAAAUGGGGGGAAAUGAAGAAUAAUUAG